AUGACACCACCUUUAAUAUUACCAUGCAAUACAGUUUUUAACGAUUUUCAAGAAUUUAAUAAAUUGGGUGAUAGCGAUAUUUCAAACAUCAUAAAGAAUAGAUUAAAAAACUGCAAUACAAUGGUUUAUGCAUACGACGGAACAAGAAGAUCAUACUUGAUAGAAAAUACCAACUUUAACUCCACUAAUGAUGUAGAAAAAGAAACUUUAAUCGACUAUGACCAAUACUGCAAGACUGCAAUCAAGAAACUACUUUAUGACUUGGUAAUGAUGUUUAAACAUGGUAUUAAAACAAUUAUCUAUCCAAUGUGGUUCUGUACAUUAGAAGAACGUGGCCCAGAAUAUCUACCAAAGUUUAUCAAAUACCUAAGAGGUUUAAAUGAAUUAUUAGACAAUGAAGAAUUGGUUCAACUAUAUAAAGAAAAUGGAAUAAGGGUUAUUUUCUAUGGUGAAUAUAGAGAACUAUUGGAGCGUGGUAACGAUCUUAUCCUUUUAAAAAAAUUUGAAGAAAUCGCCGAGUUAACAAAAAAUCAUACAAAUCAUACAAUUCUUUUUGGUACAACCAUUAAAGAACCAUCAGAAACAAUCAUUAAUAAUACAAUAAGUUUUUAUACAAAAAACCAAUAUAAACCAACAAAAAAAGAUUUAGUUGAAAAUUAUUAUGGUCUACAAGUGGAUGAUGUUUCUUUUUAUAUUGGCUUUGAUAGAUUUUCAACUGACGGAAGACCAAUACUAUUAUCAGACAAAGGAAAUGAAGACUUGUAUUAUACCGUUUCGCCACACAGCUAUUUCACAAAAAACAAUUUUAGAAAAAUAUUGUUCGAUAAACUAUUUUGUAGAUCCAAUGUAAAUGCCAAAGAAUAUAAACUAAAGGUAAUUGAUGUAGAGUUAAUGAAGGACUUUUAUGAAAGCAACUCAACAAGUAUAAUGGGUAUUGGAAGUGUUAAUCCAUAUGGGAACUACUGGUAUCCUUUACCACAAUCAAUUCUUCCUAUUAAUACUAGAAUUUCAAAUAAUAUCGCAAGUACAUCAAAUAAUUUUGCAUCUGCAACCUCAAACCACAAUUGUGUAAAUAGUUCAACAAAUCCAAAUAAUAGUUGUGAACAGGGUCCUCUUAUUGUAUAA